AUGGCAAAGGAUUUGCAGAAAGUGAAAAAUAGCUAUUCUUCAAUUCUCGAAAAGGUGGAUAUUAUUGUUAGGGCUGUAACCAAUAUAGCUCAAUCUUAUAACUCUAUGAUUCUGAAGAUCGAUGGACAAGCUGAGUUGAACAUGAAAUUUUUUGGCAAUAUUGAUGUGUUUUUGGGUGAAUUAAAGACCAUGUUGUCGACUUCAAGUUCUUCUUCUUUAUUCACCCAUGAGUUUUUAACUCAUAAGUUUCGUAUGCCUGAGUCCACAAUUCAUUCUCAAUUGGAUCCUCUUUCGAAAUUGUUGAACGUACUUCCAACAGAUGCCCCACCUGUUAUUACAGGGGUGCAAGGGGGAGAAAGAAAGGUGGAUUGA